GUAAAAGGUGUCUGCACAACAUCCUCCUACGAAGAGCAGCCAAAGCGGAGGUGAUGCAAUUAACAGCGGCCUCGUUUGAUCGUGGACCGUAUGGCCUGCGUUUCCCAAGUCGAUCCAAAUUGAGUGCGAUGCCAGUAUCAUCCUGGUUUUAAGUCUGUCUGAGCCGUGUCUUGUCCCGACGAAUCUUCACUUAGCACAUCGUAUACUGAGUGUAGUAAUAAGAUAAUUAAAGGUUUGGCAGUUAAAGUCGGCUAUUUGGGUUAUCGCAACGGCGCAACCACACACUUGUAUAAGAGGCUGUUGUCGUAUAUCUGACUGUUUAACAUUAACCCUGACAAUAUUUAAUUUCUUGCACUUAUCUUAUUUAAUUCAUGUUUGCUAUCUGGGUGAGAGGUGAGAGAUAGUAUGGUGCGCACCUCUGAAGGGCGCCCCGCCCCCUCGGAUUCUCGCUCGGGGGCGUGUCGUGACGUCACGUGGAGGUGCCCAGUAUUAAAAAUCUGUCUCCGUUUUGAUUAAAUUCAAACCCUACGGCUCCCUUUUUUUUACGCACAAAGAUCGGCAACUGGCAACACAGACCAACAAUACCUCGCUGACACACGUUGGGGAUUACAAGAGCAAACUACAGUGUUUCGUUUCGAAGAGCGAUGAGCUGGUGUCGCCGGUUUCUCCUUGGAUGACCUAUAGGCAGUCCUUGCAGGAGCACACGGCAGUUUGAGCCAACAUCUGCGGAGGAACGACGGCAAGGCACACUGUCAGGCACAGGGCAAGCUGCGUGUGUGUUAGGCUUCAUGCAAACGCAGAGUUGAUUUGACGGAACACUCCGCAAACCAAUUGGCACCAUUAGUGCGAGAUAAGAGUUUGACGACGAGUUCACGACGUGCACGGCCUGACUUGGAAUUUGCAGACGCUGCAGUGAAAUCUAACAAAAUUCAACACCGUUCGGACUAUCCUUGGGGGGCGCCUCAUGAUGUACACUAUUACCAGAGGUCCCAGUAAACUUGUUACACAACGGAGGACAGGCCCCACACAACAAAUUGAGAGUAAAAACAAAGACUUGAAGAUCAAAUCGACGUCGUGGUUCGAUUCAAACUCUCCGCCCCCUAAGAUAGUAUUCAACAGACCGAAUGGGAAGCGGUACCACACUGCAGCCCCACCGAAGACAGACAGUCCGACUGAGGGCCUCUUCACACCUGCACACGAAGAAAAUGUUAAGUUUGUCCUCGAAGCAUGGCAGGAGGUGGAGCAGAAGAUGGGAGACGGGGAGCAGGAAGGCUGCAAACCAGUCAGUGCGCCUGUCCAGUAUUCUGAGAAGACCACUGCUCCUGUGAUGAAGAACUUUGUGCCCAUCGACCUGGAGGAAUGGUGGGCGCAGCGCUUUCUCGCCAACAUAAACAACCUGUCAUGACCGCCGGCGGCUGGCUGAGGACCUCGGGAGUGCCAGGGGGCAGGGCUCGGGGAGCGGAGGGAUCGGACCGCGCCGGCGAUCGAGCGACCCCGUUCCCCCGAUCGCCGCUGCUCUGUUCCAGAUGAGACUCAGUACGCACGAGUCCCGGAGGAAAAGGCCGGGCUUCGGUGAGGAGUCACGCGGGGGGCCGGAGUGUGAGGAAAGCUCAGGACAUCAGAAUUUACACCCUUAUUUAUUUAUUUUUGCUGCUCUGGAGGAUUCUGGAUUUGCGAAAACUGUGAAUCGUGAUAUUCUCGUCUAGGUAGCAACACGAAGGAUAAAUAAGGUUCUGACCCACGACAAACUGCCGAGGGGGACCUGUGCCUCUCUGCGUACUUGAAUAUCCCGUCAGAUGAUUCUGACGGGUCCCUUCUUCUGCGUCUCUGGAUGAGAACCUCCCCGGGGCUCUGCCGGCGUUUGCUGUAGCUGUUUGUUGGCUGAUCUUUAGAUAUUCAAAAUCUAAAAUCGGAGAAAACCAGUAAAAACAUCCUUUUGCAAGAA